AUGGAGUCGCCUUCAAGCUCGCUCACCAUGAGCCCUGCGGCUAUCGAAGCUGCUCAGCCCUCUUCUGGUUGGCUCGGGCUCAUCGGGUGGCUUCUCUUGAGCAUGAUCAACUUCACCUCUACCGUCCUGUACUUCAUCAUUCGGACGGUAACCAUUACCUUUCCAAGUGUCCUGUACAGUCUCUUCUCUGAGAGUUGGACAGUGACUAUGAAUGCUACUACGCUCAUGCUCAUUGUCGUCGCUAUCGUGUCGGCGGCUAGCUGGGUCGUCAGGUAUCGCAUCUUGAACAUGUACUCAAGGUUGCCUCCCGAACCUCAGCGUAAGGAGCCUGAAAUCGACUUAUUCCCCGAUACCCACGAGGGCGGCAUCAAGUCCGGCCUAGCCAACUACCUUGACGAAUUCCUGAGCGCAAUCAAGAUCUUCGGUUAUCUCGAACGAUCCGUGUUUCAUGAAUUGACUCGAAGCAUGCAGACUAGAAAGCUUAUUGCCGGAGAAACAAUGAAUCUGGAAGAGGAAAAAGGCUUCUGCAUUGUUGUUGAUGGUCAAGUUGAGAUUUUUGUGAAGUCGGGAAGAAACCCUCGAGCACCUGCCAGGAGCGGGUCUCAAGAUGACCUCUUGAACUCUUCCGACGAUGAAGAUACUCUGCCAGGCCAGCAAAGGUAUCAGCUUUUGACUGAGGUUCGCAAUGGAGCGCCGAUGUCAUCCCUUUUUUCCAUCAUGUCCUUGUUCACAGAGGAUGUGAGAUUGACAACACAUGACGAGGAGUCUCCUCUUGGAGCGAGUGGUAGUCGGCAUCCCAGGAGACCAAAUCCUCUGAAAGAGUCUGCCCGACAGCGUUCUCAUGGCCCAACGUCGAUGCCUAGUACUCCUCAUCUUGAUCCCAACGUGGACCGUCCAGGAGUCAGAUACGAGGAUGGCAGUCUAUUACCAGGUGGAGAAAGCGCCUCAAAGAUCCCACCCAUAUCGUUAGAGCCUCCCGUUACUUUUCCGCCCAGUAAAGAACGGCCAGGCUCUCUCAAAAGGCUAAUGUCGAGCUCGGCACAUCCCGACAUUAUAGCCAGAGCCACGGUUGAUACGACUAUUGCAAUCAUUCCUGCAAGUGCCUUCAGGAGGCUGAUCAAGAUAUACCCCAAAGCGACGGCGCAUAUCGUUCACGUAAUUCUCUCCCGAUUCCAAAGGGUGACACUUGCACAGGCGUUCAACUAUCUUGGCCUGACUGCUGAAGUGUUGCAAACCGAGAAGGACAUGGUCAAAUUCACCACUUGCCAGCUCCCUAAUAUACUUCGUGGAGAUGCACUCAAUAGACUAAAAGAGAAAUUUAGUGUUGAGCGAGAGCGUAUCGGUGAAGACCAAGGGACAAAGGGGAUUGCGCUGCACAACUCCGCAGCUACCAGGCGUCGAAGGUCGAGUGCGGCUAUAAGAACAGAGAUUGUUAUGCAGGCUAUCGCCAAAAACCGAUCUGCGUCAUCUACACUCAAUGGUACAGCUCCUGCGCGCGAUCCACGAUCAGUUCGCGGCUUUAACAACCCUGGAGAUCUGCUGGCAGGUGCACAGCUCACUCGGGCACUGAACAGAGUCCCAAACCCAGCAAAUCCUCUACGGUCGCCAACGCAUAUGGGUGCAGAGGAAAGCGCCGUCUUCAGUCCGCUGACUCAGAAGACGUUUAAUCCGUUUGAUUCUGAAAGACAUGCUCGCAUCUCAAUGGAUCGUGAUUCGGUCGAUGAAGACAAUCUGUUCAGAGCAUCAAUUCUUGAAUGCGUUUUUAAAUCCCUCGGCCUGGACGCUGGUGGGACUUCUUCUCGUGAUGUCGACUCUAUAUCUAUAGAAGGAUCUCCGAGAUUGAUUUCCAUGGAUCAACGACGUGCCAAGACCAUGUUCACGAACAACGCGUUUGGCUUCAUCGGGCCAUACGAUGGAUCUAUGGAUGGAGAAACUGAAUCUCUGGCUUCGAAUGGACUGGCCAGCCAUAUUGCGCCAAAUGCGCAUGCAUUGGCUCAUGACAUGAUGGAUGAAGUCGAAAUUGUCUUUUUCCCCAAGGGAUCGGUGCUCAUCGAGCAAGGAGAGCGGAGUCCCGGUCUAUACUACGUCGUUGAUGGGUUUUUAGACAUUGGGACCACCAUAACUGAGGGUCCUCAAAAUAUUUUCCAGAAAUCGGGUCUGGCCUCUUUCAGCUCAGAGUCGCUUCAUUCGGAUCAUUUGUUUGAAAGCUCUUCUUCCAAGAGGUCUAAUGGCGAUACGCCCUUGUCUUCAUCUCGAGGCCAGACUCGCCGCCGAAGCGUUGCUCUUGUCAAGCCUGGAGGCAUAGCCGGUUACAUUGGCAGCGUCUCUUCUUACAGGUCGUUUAUUGAUGUAGUAGCCAAGACGGAUGUAUAUGUUGGAUUUCUUCCUCGAGCUUCCCUGGAAAGAAUAGUGGACAAAUACCCUAUUAUUCUCUUGACAAUGGCCAAGAGGCUUACCCACAUCUUGCCUCGUCUAAUUCUGCACAUUGAUUUUGCUCUUGAAUGGGUUCAAGUCAACGCUGGCCAGGUAAUAUUCCAUGACAGCGAUGAGAGCGAUGCUAUAUAUAUUGUGCUUAAUGGUCGUCUUCGCUUGGUUGAAGAUAGGCAGGAUGGCGGAGUAUCGGCGCGAGCUGAAUUUGGACAAGGUGAGAGUAUUGGUGAGCUUGAGGUUCUUACUGAGACUGCACGCUCUGGAACUUUGCAUGCCAUUCGGGACACGGAGCUUGUCAAGUUUCCUCGCACCCUUUUCAACAGUCUCGCCCAAGAGCAUCCCAACAUUACCAUCAAGAUAUCAAAAAUCAUUGCCUCCAGAAUGAGGGCGGCGGUGGAUGAUUCGACCAAAUACAUCGGAAAGGAAGCAGGCUCGGGUGCCGUGAACAACCAGCGAAAGUCCACGUUAAAUCUUCGGACUGUGGCUAUUCUGCCAGUUACCUCGGGCGUUCCUGUUAUCGAGUUUGGGCACCGCCUUAUGAAUGCGCUUUCCCAGGUCGGACCUCAGAAUGGCGCAACUUCGUUGAACCAGUCUGCUAUCCUGAAUCAUCUUGGCAAGCAUGCGUUCAAUAAGAUGGGCAAACUCAAGCUAUCACAAUACCUCGCCGACUUGGAAGAGAAGUAUGGGUUGGUGGUGUAUGUGGCAGCUGUAUUGCACCACAAGCUAACAUGGAUGAUUGUCAAAGACACUAGCGUCAACUCGCCAUGGACACAAACUUGCAUUACUCAAGCCGAUAGCAUUCUACUAGUUGGCCUGGCAGAAGGCUCGCCGGCAAUUGGAGAGUACGAACGCUUCAUGUUGGGAAUGAAGUCAACAGCGCGAAAGACUCUGGUUCUGCUCCACACUGAACGAUUUUCGCGCCCUGGACUUACACGGUCGUGGCUGAGGAAUCGCAUGUGGAUUAACGGUGGUCAUUACCACAUCCAAAUGGCAUUCAGAACGGACGCCAUGCCUGUCCACCCUCCGUCGAAGAAGCUUGGACAAGCUCUCAAAGAAAGAGUUCAGGUUUUGCAAGCUGAGAUCCAAAAGUACACAUCAAGAAAUGUGCACCACACCCAGUAUUACUCGCCUGACACCCCAUUCAAGGGAGACUUUCACCGCCUGGCCCGCCGACUUUGCGGAAAAUCCAUUGGGCUCGUUCUGGGCGGUGGUGGUGCACGAGGUAUCAGUCAGAUUGGUAUCAUCAGGGCGAUGGAAGAAGCUGGCAUUCCCAUUGAUAUCGUCGGCGGCACAUCCAUCGGAUCAUUUGUCGGAGCCCUGUAUGCGCGCCAUGCAGACGUUGUCCCCAUGUUUGGGUUUGCAAAGAAAUUUGCUGGUCGCAUGGCCAGUCUCUGGCGCUUUGCUCUAGAUUUGACAUAUCCUUCUGCUUCAUACACAACGGGGCAUGAGUUCAAUCGAGGCAUUUUCAAGACUUUUGGAAAUACGCAGAUCGAAGACUUUUGGCUCGAAUACUACUGCAACACCACCAACAUCAGUAAGAGCCGAGCAGAAUUUCAUACCAGUGGAUAUGCGUGGCGAUACAUUCGCGCUUCAAUGUCGCUAGCCGGCUUGUUGCCACCGCUGUGUGACGAAGGCAGCAUGCUGUUGGACGGUGGCUACGUGGACAACUUGACGGUAUCACAUAUGAAAGACUUGGGAGUUGACAUGAUCUUUGCGAUUGAUGUUGGAGCGCUUGACGAUGACACACCACAGACAUAUGGAGAUUCAUUGUCCGGUAUGUGGGCGUUUUUCAAUCGAUGGAACCCAUUUUCAGCGCAUCCCAACCCACCAACGCUCGCAGAGAUUCAAGGCAGGCUUGCAUAUGUCUCGAGUGUAGAUGCUUUAGAGCGAGCAAAGACCAUGCCAGGGUGCAUCUACAUGCGGCCGCCUGUCGAUGCCUACGGAACACUAGACUUUGGCAAGUUUGACGAGAUUUACAAGAUGGGCUAUAACUUUGGUCGAGAGUUUUUCCAACAGCUCAAAGACGAGAACAAGUUGCCCUUGAUGGAAGAGACUGAGGCGAAGAAGGCUCUGCGGAGAACUACAGCGCCUCGACGAGCCAGCAUCUAG